GAAACAGAACGGAAGUAGUUUUCCGGGCUGUGGUUGCAGUUCUGUUGCUGCGUUUCUUAAAGACACACAGAAAGAGAGAGAGAGAGAGAGAGAACGUGUGUGGAGCUGGGGGGGAUUAAUUUCGAGUUGUGAGCAGACUGCGUUUUGCAUGCAAUUCAAUUGGAGUUAAAACAAGGUUGGAUCCAGAGGAUAGUGUUUCACUGUUUGGGAGAGUUGAGGAGAUUUAGCAGUUGGAGCCGGUCACCCAGCCAAUGGAUCGAGCGGCCCGGGCUUGCUGACAUCAGGCAGCUUGAUCCGCCCAGUCGGAGGCAGCAGGUAGCAUCGACCGCCGCCAACCGCACCUGAAGGUGAGAGAGCGAAGCACGGGAGCACCGACUCGCUGCUGGGACAGACCCUACCUGUGGACAUGAGCAGCACCGUAAGGAUCCUGAGAUGUCCAAAUUCUUCUCGAGAACAUGCAAAUGCACCUCAGAACAGACCAGAGGAAAACGAUGAAACAGACAGUGAAAGUUUUCCUUCAAGAUCGCAGAUCGCAUCAUCUGGGCAUUACAGGCCGGUGGCAGGCAAUUGCUGCUCCAGUGAUCAUUUUGGACAAUUCUCAUCGUCCUCAGCAUGUUCUACAGAUUUCUCUAAAGGUGUUGACAGUACUAGCGCUGCCACUCCAUUUCAACAUGUGAAUAACUAUUACGGAUCCCCGGCACGAUAUGUUGAAAAUCGGCACGGUCCUUGUUCUUCUUUCUCCAUGGGAGGUUAUACUUCUGAACCUGCUGACAACUCAUUGCUGAGUACCGGCAUGGCUCACUCACCGCAGAAUGGAAGCAUUGUACCGCCAUCAUCAGUGUCAUUACAUGGCACGCUUGGACUGACGCAUCUUGAACCCGGGUAUCCUUUGGUGUCUUUUCAAGUUCGACCGCACAGUCCUGUUUUGCAACAGAGCAGUUGCCGACCUGGUGUUUCAGUGUAUGUUCCAGAACCUCGUCGUCUUCCUGCCAGAGCGGACCACAACCCUUUUGGGACACAAGGUUUUAUUCCUCCAUAUGGUCCUGGAUAUUUUUCAUCACAGAGACCAUUUGCUCCCACAGAUCCUGUAAAUACAAACAUGCCACUCAGCUUGCCACUCCCUCGUGAACAGAGAAAGGUCUUUGUGACAUAUGCAACAGAUAACGACAAACAUGUUGGGGAGGUCAUCAACUUUGUUACUUUAUUGAUCUCCAAUGGAUUUGAAACUCAGAUUGAUAUAUUUGAGCAGAAUUUCAGAAGUAUAAACAAAAUUGACUGGAUGGAAAGAUACAUCAACGAUAAAGGAUACCUGAUCAUUAUCAUCAUCAGCCCUAAAUAUUAUCAAGCCGUUACAUCUCAGAACAUAAAAGAUGAUGAGCAUUCUUUGAAUUCAGUCUUUAUUUACAAACAGCUCCAAAACGAAUUUAUUCAGAAUGGAAGCAAGAAUUUCAGAUUUGUUCCUAUUAUUUUUCCAGGCGCCUCCAUGAAACAUGUUCCUUCAUGGCUUCAAAAUACACAUGUCUACAAAUGGCCAGUGCAGGACCAAGAUAUUCUACGGCGGUUGAUGCGUUUGGAAAAGUACAACCCACCUCCAGUUGGCGAGCUUCCUACGAUUAUUCAGAAAUCUAUUUAAUCCAGUUUGAUUUUGCUACUCAUAAAAUGUGCAUGUGCUAGUAAAUGUCCAUAUAUUAUCUUGUGUAUUGCAUGUACUGUGGCAAAGGAUAGACAAUUCACUAGAGAUCUGAUAACGUUGAUUUUUAUGGGCAACUCACUUCAGAAUAUUUCAGAUUUUUGGAAAACAGUAAUAAAAAUAGAAAAAAGAUAAAAUUGUG